ACCACGAAUAUUAUCACCACCCACGUACGGGUAGAGAGCCUAAACCAAAACCGAUCCUGCACCUGUACCUGAACCUGAACUGAACUGAACCGAUUCUCAACCGACCCUGAACCUGAACUACACCUACGGAACUGAACCUGUACCUACGAACCGUGACGACGCUAUCUUUUAGGACCUUUAGACGUCUUUUUUUUGUGGAAGAGGGGGUGGUUGUUGGCGCCUGCCGCCUGUGGACUACACCUACAUAUUACCCCUACGACAUUACAUCCUCUUACACCUCGACCAACUCUUACGCACCACCCUCAACGCGGCGAGGCUGCGGUUACUGUACUUCCCCCCUCCAAACAUCCUCACACCAAUAUUGAAGCACCAAUGCGCAUUGCACUAAAGCUGCGAGAAAUCUUAACAGAUCAACUGGACAAGCCAUGGCGUUUCCACAUCCGCUAGGUCUUCUGCCUACAGAAGUUGCAUUCUUGUGCGAAAUGGAACAAGUCACCGUCAUUCCAAGACAGCGACUCGACCGUCUCGACUUACUAGGUGGUCCCACACGCCCUCUCAUUCCUCCUCAACGCACAUCAUUACCUUUAUGGCUUGCAAUCUUAUUGAAGCGGCAACGGCGCGCCAACAUCAUACCUCCGCCCUGGUUGUACCCAGAGAACCUCGACGAAAUCCUGGAUCUUGAGACCAGACACUUCCAAGAUUCCUUCUCCCCGCGACCGCAGAUACCACUCUCCAGACAAACAGACUACACAGGCAAGCCAUUUCACUCUUCAACGCCUUUUGUUGAAUCGUGUACUGCGAACGCUGCUCCCACCUCAUUACCUUAUCACUGGUUUGAGUUCUCGGAGAUGUUGCUCGAGUCGGCGAGCGAUGAUAUAACGGAACCCGACAAGAUACGGCAACUUUUGAGAGAUAUCAGAGAAGUUCGGCUUGCGAAGAUGCGAAAAGAAGUUGAUUCGUUAUCGGGCGACGGAGAAGGCACGCGGUUAGAUGGCAUAGGUGCCAUGGAACUGUCUGAAUCGAGAGGCUUCAUUACCGGAGUCAUGGACGGCCUGAGGAAGCUAGAUACCAGUCGAGAGCAAGCGAGAAGAGAGCGUGAAGAGGAAGAGAGGGAAAAUCGGAGGUAUAAUGACGAUGACGACGAAGAUAAUGAGAUGACAUGAGUGGUCAUUAACAGCCUCAAAAUAUGUUCACAGAAUUUCUCAUGGACAACAGAACCAACAAUGCCUGCAAAAGAAUCGCUCAUUACCCUCUUCAGCACUAAAUGAUAAGGGUUGGGGUCCGGUCAUGAUGGUGGAGGAGGUUUGUUCUCGGCAUCCCUCUCUUGGAGCUUCUUUCGUGCUGCCAGAAUCAUUUCGUCUCGCCGCCUUUGUAGC